AUGGUGACCAUCGAGAACAGGGAAGAGGUUGUCAAACCAGAGUCUGUAGAGCCUGAGAAUGAUGCUGGGAAUGCUUACAGUCCGAGUGACUACAUUUCACCAGUGGGCCAGAAUAGACCAAAUGUCGAAUUUCCAGUAGGGGGAGAGCUGUGUGUAAUCCGAGGGAACAGUCCAAGACAGGAAACGGAUGAUUUGGCAGCCAUGGAAGAGGAUUUUGCCAAGUUCCAAUUUUGCGAUAACCGAGAUCUAGAAUAUUCAGCCGUCAACUGGUACGAUAAUGAAGAAUCAGCGGAGGCCACGGGAUGGCUAGACGAUCAGCCAGAUUCAGAACCGGAGAGAUUCAAAGAUUCUGAGAGGAUCAGGAAAGCAAAAGGCCACGUGGGGGUCGAAACUGCCACAAGUAUGGAAAUGGAGAAUGCUGCGAGCAAAGGGAUAAAAGGUACUGCAAGUAUCAGGACAGUUAUGCCAGAACCAGACAGAUGCCUGUCAGCUGCAGAUGCUAUGAGAAUAUUAUCAUAUGGAAUGGCAGCAGAUGCAGUUGAUGAUUAUAUACGUAUCGGGGAAAGCAUUGCAAUUCAAAGUUUGCAACAAUUUUGUAAUUCAGUGAUUGAAAUCUUCGAACCAGAAUAUCUGAGAUCCCCAACACCAACUGAUAUUGCUAGAUUACUUGCUAUUGGGGAGGUUUGGGGGUUUUCGGGUAUGUUGGGAAGUUUAGAUUGCAUGCAUUGGGAGUGGAAAAAUUGUCCAAAGGCAUGGCAAGGUCAAUACGUAGGCCAUAAAAAAAAGUCAACCAUUAUUCUUGAAGCAGUAGCAUCUUAUGACUUAUGGAUUUGGUAUGCAUUUUUUGGAAUGCCUGGCUCACACAAUGACUUGAAUGUGUUGGACCGAUCGCCUUUGUUUUCUGAUCUUGCUUAUGGUAAAGCUCCCCUUGUCCUUUACACUAUUAAUGGACAUAGUUACAAUAUGAGUUAUUACCUUGCUGAUGGUAUAUACCUCAAUGGGUAA